CCGCUUUCCAUCUGUAUCCAUCUCCAUCUUCCCUUUCUUUCCUCUCCUCUCUUCCUUCCUUACAUUCUUCCCUUGGUUGCUACAUCUUUCUGCGCCUCACUCCCAAUCAAUCCACCUACAUAUCCCCAAGCACCGAUCACCAAACAUGGGCGGAAAGAAAGGCGGAGCCGGCGAGAACUCCAAGAAGGCGGCUGGCCAGGCUCGCAAAGCCGAAGCCGCCGCCGGCAAGAAGGCUGCCGAGGACGCCAAGCGCGCCGCCGAAGAUGACAAGCAAUGGCAGAAGGGAGCGAAGGGCAGCGCUAAGAAGGACGACGCCGAAGCCAAGAAAGCCGAAGCCGCCCGCAAGAAGGCGGAGCGCGACGCCCUCCUCGCCGCCGAGGAAGCCUCGCAGCCCUCGAAGCCCAAGGGCAGCGGCGCCAAGCAGGCCGUGAAGAAGACGCGGGGGCUGGACCUGUCGCAGCUGGACGAGCCGGCCGGCGGCAGCAAGGCCUCGGCGCUGAACGCGUCGGGCAUCGACAACGCGCUGGACGCCCUCUCCCUGACGGGCAAGGACGCCGGCAAGGUGGACCGCCACCCGGAGCGGCGGUACAAGGCGGCCUACGCGGCGUACGAGGCCCGCCGGCUGCCCGAGAUCGAGGCGGAGAACCCCGGCCUGCGCCGGCAGCAGCGCAUCGAGCUGUGUCGCAAGGAGUUCGAGAAGAGCGAGGACAACCCCUUUAACCAAGUGCAUGUGGCGUUCGAUGCCAGUCGCGAGGAGAUCGCGGCCGUGCGCGACGCCGAGCGGAAGAAGGUCGAGGCGCGGUUGGCCAAAUAGAGGUUCUGAUUUUUUUUUCUUUCUCUUGUUGGCGGGGAGUUUUUUUUCUUUCGAUUUGUCCUCGAUGUCAUCACACUUAGGUGCUGUUUAGUACGGGCUGCUACGUACUAGGAUGUAGUUUAUAUACCCGGGUU